UUUGUGAAGAGCUACUGAGCAUGUACGUACGGAAUCACAUACCUAAUCCACACGCGCGCGACUGAUGGACACAUUUGAUAUUCGGUUUCGGUUUUUUUGACCGAUUUUUCAGGUGCUGUCUCUACGUACGCAUUCUUUGUACCUUAAUCCACAUGUAUCAAGUCUUGAGUACCACCUGCACCUUACUGUGUGUGUUUGAAUUCUGUAAGCAUACGUAACGUCUCGUCUAAUUCUGCUAAGGCGAGGAUUGGUGCCCGUGACGUGCACAAAGUUACAUGAUGAGGAUGUUAUACGCAGCUCUGGUAACCGGCCGGUCGCAUGUUGGACGCACCGUGUAGGCGAGGUGGUCUGUUGCUGAUGUCACACCGCACCAAUAGUGGAGACGCAGAUACGCAAGUCCCACCCCAAACAAGCUGGGAUGGUAAUAAUCAGCGAGUGACAUCAUUGCGUCCACAGUCUGUGAUAUGCUCCACGACGAACGAAAGGCAUUGCUCGUGUGUCAACGGCUGAAGAACAACAGCGCCGCGCCGACACUGGAGCCAAAAAGCACUCGCAAGGGUGAAGAGGCGACGGAACACUAGCACGGGGGAGUACAUUUAUGAACGCACGUAUGCCACUUGGGUCUAUAAAGUGACGUUCGUGUUGACUUUCUAAAUUGCUUGAACUCUUGUUUUCGGAUUGACGGUUCCGGACAUACGACACCCUAUUUGGUAAUGUGUCGCUCGACUUCAGCCGGUGUUAUUUCGGACCAGAUAGAUUGCUUCGCGAUAUAUCUGCGCAUUUAAUGUGACAACUGGAGAUUCCACUGGAGGUUCAAACGCUUUUCCAUGCAUGUGAGAAUUAACCAGAAAGAAUUGCACACAUCACGAUCAUUCGCUUCACCGUAUAGACUUUAGAUUACUCGCCAGAUAGAACGACGCGAAUUCUUCGAUUAUGUGCAUCAAUGCCCAUCUUUAUCUGAAAAAAAACCCGACUCGUCCUCACUUCGCUUCAUCCAUCAUCCAACUUUCGGAAAGAUCUGUCAAUCCUUGAACUCACGUCAUUCACGAUGAUUAGCGAAGAUUAGCGAGAGUUGCCGGCCGGCGGAGAAUCUUCAACAUCUUCAGCAGCAAAUGCACACUGUUAUCAAAGUGUACAGUGGAUUUUGUUGGUCUUGUCUCCUCGUGAUCAUGAUUGUUUUCUCCAGAGACUCAAGUCCCAGAAGCUGACGGCAUUGCCAUUUGUCGCGCAAACUCCCCUGACUUCAAGCUCCUUCCUGUUGUGAUGCCGAACCGAUAAGAUUGCUGAUCUCGGCCGUUUAAGUCUUUCCGGAAACCAAAGAAAAAAAGCCAGUGGAAUUGAAGAAUUUCUUCAGUGCCUGACGGCUGGUCGUAUCAGGCAGGAGGACUGCUUGACAACAAUUUGCAGAGCAGAGCACUCAGCGGUUACCGUGAUGUGGGCAACCUAAUGACAAACGCUUUCAUCUGGAUAAACCCACGGUGUUAAUUGAAAUGAGGGGAAGGUAUAUAAAAAUGACCUCCACGCUCAUUUAAGGCAUUCCUCUUCGAGCUUGGCUUAAUGGCAGCUGAACCUGACCCGACGUUUACAUGAAUUUUUACGCAUCGCGGUGAGUUUUCGAGCACAGUAUUAAAUACUAUACCAGCAACAAUUAACUAUAAUGUCAAUACGUUUUAGCUACUUGACAAUACUGACAUGAAACAACCUAAGUAAUUAUGCGCAGGACAUAUUGAUAUCGAGUGUUCUGAAAUGUGGAUAACAUAUGCGCCAUGUUUUCCCCCAGAAAUCGUGCAAUUUGAGAGAAACUUUCAAAUCACGUGUCUACUGACGAUCGACAUCCAUUAGCAGAACCGACCAGCUCCCAACUGCUGACCGUUGUCAAUCCGUGCUUUCAUCGCCCUGACACGUAUUUCGAUCGCAACAUUCACAGGAGUCGUCGAUAGUUUAUAUUCUGUGUACAUUGCUAAUUGCGGGGAUACCGUAUACAGUUGGCAACUAUGAAUGAUGCCGGUGGUCCGAGUGCUUACUGCAGCGACGACCAGCGUGGAUUUUGCCUAACAUCUCUCGGGGCGGCCAGCGAGCGAGCUGGUGUCGGCGGCGGUGGGAGUGUUCUCGGAAGCCAAAGGCAUAGCUUCAGCGGUCUACGAGAGACCGCCCUGACUCACUCUAUGAGUGCCGUGCUACUUGGAACACUGGCUCUCUUCGUAGCCUUAGCCUCAGUGUUUGGCCGGUGGAUCAAACGGUUGGUGUCCUUCUCGCCCAAGACGCUCGCUCCGCCUAAACUCUAUCACCGGAAUACACCCCUGUCCCAGUAUCUCCGCGCACAUUGUUCGUCCCUCAAACAAACCUACUUCCCGACAUUUUGGGCAAGCAGUGCACACGUGCAGACCCUCCUCGUGGCCCUGUUACCCCAGAAAUGGGUCAACUUUAGCCGGGAGUACCUACAGAUGGACGAUAGCGGCGUAGUGGCGCUAGAUAUUGCCCGACCCGCGGGCUGGACGCUGUACAAGAACAGCCCCAUCAUGAUCAUCGUACCGGAUUUGAAUACAGAUUGUCGCAGUGUGUCGGACCUGUCCUGGCUGGCCCUGCAGAAAGGCUACCGGGUCAUGGUCUUUAACCGGCGGGGUCAUGGAGGUAUCCCUCUGACCACGCCCAAGCUACAGAGCUACGGGGACGCGUCAGACUUGCGAGAAGCGGUAACGUACAUUCACCAGAGCUACCCAGACGCCAAGUUGAGCGCCGUGGGCGUCGGGGCUGGUGGAGGGCUCCUGAUCGCAUUUCUUGGCGAGUACGGCUCGUCGACUGAUCUUGCGUCUGCCGUCUGCAUAUCACCCAGUUAUGACUGCCAGGAGCUGUACAAAUCCCGUAAGAUGUCCCAGCCGUACCACUGGCUGGCGUUACUGCGGGCCAAGCUAUUACUCAAGCGGCAUGCUGGUAACCUUGCCGAGGUCAUCGAUCCGGUAGCGGCCUUUGGCGCUUCGUCUCUGGCCCGUCUGGAGGAGACAGUCUUCGCUAAGAUCCAUAAACUGCCCAGCAUGGAGAACUACUGGGAGGUCAACAAUCCGCUGCGAGAGGCAGACGAGAUCUCAUCGCCACUGCUUUGCCUUAGCAGCACGGACGACCCAGUUCACCCAAGUGACCUCGUGCCCUAUGACCUUUUCACCACGUUACCUGACGUUAUGCUUGCCACCACCGCUCGAGGUGGCUAUUGUGGGUUCUACGAGGGCCUACAACCUCAGUCUUGGGCACAUCGAGUAGCUGUGGACUACAUAGACACCGUACUGAAAUACACCGUUGCUAUCUGUACAGGGACGAAUAACCAAACGACUCGACCGUAAUCCAGGCCUUGUGCUAACUUCGAUUCCCAACUUUUUUCCCCAUCUUCUAUUAUGUAAACAACCAGACAUGGUGUCAUUAUACAUUUAGUUCCUUCUGAUCACAUGUAUAUUACGGUUUGUCAGUCUAGUUCGGUUGAAAACCAAUUAAUUUGUUCUGUUUUCUGCGGGUCGAGCUCAUGUGAAAUUGUAAAAGUCUGUUCAUUGGCUGAAGGCCAGCGAUCCGCUGAGCCUUAUUGUUCAUCAAUGCGACAGAAUAGGACGGUUCAGAAAAUAUUCACAACAGUGUACUGAGGCCGUGUAUAAAUAUGCCAAUUAAUAUUGCAACUUGACGAAAAGUCCGGUGAUUAUUGUCCAGUGAUCAGCUUACACAGUGUUACGAUUUUUUAAAUAAGGUUUUCAAGUAAUUUUCAGGCACCCGCAAUGAUGCCACAUUACUUUCACUACAAUUUUUUUUUAGUUUGAUAGACACUGGUAUUCAACUAACUGAUCCAUUACGUGUUUGUCGACUCAUUCCGGUACCGCGUUUUUUUAGUGGCCAAAAUGUCUUAUAAAUCUGGAAGCUUCGUAACUCGAGAUCUUUUGAUCGCAAUUAGAAUCCAGACAAAAAUGACUUCGCGGCGAGCAUCGCGCCUACAUGCAAUACCACUGGCAAAUUGCAAAAAAAUAAUGAAUUAAAUGCCUGGGAUACUGCAUCACUUAGUGGCACCGCGGAGACAUUGGCUGUCGUGAUUGCGCUCAGCCCUCUUCCUUGGUUUUAUUAGUCCGAAGGAUGCAAGCGCAGUGUAUUCAGCAUUGAUAUCAGUCAAAGCGGUAAUCUAAUAUAUUUUGAGUUUUCUUUAAUACCUGCAGAUGAAGAUGACUCAUUCAUCUCUUCUCUUUUGUCGUUCAGCGGGGUCGCUUUUCGUUAUACAAUGUUCACAAUUCAUUUGCUUCCGAAGGCUUUUGAAUCCUCUGAUUAAGAUGAUAAGAUCCAGCCUACCAUAAAUUAUGUUCGAUGAUUGUGGUGGCAUCCGAAGGAUUUGAACGCUUGAAUUACAGUGUAAUGCU